ACAGUGGGUGGAAGGCCUAAACUCUGUGAUACUUAGGCUGCAGUAUCUGCUGGAAGAGCUUUUUCACACACUGUGCCUAAUUCUCUGUUGCAAUUAAACUUCACUUUACAACAGUCAUGGGCCUUCAACUGGGAAUACAGCAAUUCAUGUCUUUGCACAGUGGAAUGUAAAGCCAGAUUUGUGUGAAUGGGAAUCCGUUCAUGUGUACUUUACCUAAACACAACUGAAAAGAAAGCAGACAACUCCUGAAACAGGUGGCUAUUUGCUGUUUUCCACCUGAGGUAUUUGUGUAGGGUUUUUUGUUUUGUUUUUUAACUAAAGAGCAGAAAAGGAUGAUGUCAGGUUUUAUCCCUACGUUUUGUUUAUUUUUAGAAGUAGACCAACAAACAACCAUGACCUUAAUUCUACAUGACAGAAGUGCAUACAAGCACAUUGUUAAAUAUCAGAAUCUAUUUGAGUUCUGACAAUUUCAGCAGAACUGUACACAUGCAUCUUCUUUAAAAGCAGACUACAAAAACUAACUCACCAAUAUGGUGAAAAAGAACUGUAUAUUUCAGACAGAUUGAACUCCACCUUUAAACUUCUUUGUCUUCAUACAGAGAUAGUCAGAAUAGCAUUAAAAUUCAGAUAUCAAAGGCAAAACAGUGAUACCAGCACUUUUAAGUGAGCAUCAGUUUUAUACUGUCAUUGAAAUGAAGCUGGAAUCAGAUGGAACAAGCUGCAAACUGGGCAUGUGCGGACUCUGCCCUCUCCCGUAUUUAAAUGGAAGCCGCUGCUGCUGCCCUUUGCUGAGCUGAUGAUGGACUGAAGCAAUCUGAAGCUCUAGUGAGAAACUCUGCACUGGAUCUCACACCAUUCCAAAGAAUCCAGUCACCUGCUUCACACACACAAAGGUAAAGUGGCUGACUCAAAUUCAGAGGACAGCUCUUCUAUCUUGGUUUUUGCUUAGAUUUUUUUGUUCACCUGAAUAAUCAGCCCAUUUAGAAGGGGAUCUUUUUUUCCCUCUGAGGACACCAAGAGCACCCAAAACUGUGGAGUCCCUCAAUGCAUGGAAUGACUCGGAAGCCAAUGCCUACACACAGAUGGAUCUGCUUCUUACAGCCCCAACAAGAAGCACAUGACAGCUUGUUCAGAGAAGUUUGGCAAUAUACCUAUGACCUCUUAUUUGCUCCACAGAAGAUGACAGUGCAAGAUGUUCCUCGUGCCUUUCCCACAGUGGAUGUCCCAGAUCAUGCCCAUUACACAAUUGGAGUUGUCAUCCUUAUAGUGGGCAUUACAGGAACUCUGGGUAAUUUCCUGGUCUUCUAUGCUUUCUGCAGGAGUAGGAGCCUUCAGACUCCAGCCAACAUACUCAUCAUCAAUCUAGCUAUUAGUGACUUCCUGAUGUCCAUUACACAGUCUCCGGUAUUUUUCACCAGCAGUCUCUACAAACACUGGAUUUUUGGUGAGAAAGGCUGUGAGCUGUAUGCCUUCUGCGGAGCUCUUUUUGGCAUUACAUCUAUGAUCACUUUGAUGGUGAUUGCCUUGGACAGAUAUUUUGUCAUCACUAAACCUCUGGCUUCUGUUGGAGUGACGUCAAAGAAGAAGGCCCUAAUAAUCCUGGUAGGAGUCUGGCUGUACUCUUUGGCUUGGAGUCUCCCACCUUUCUUUGGAUGGAGUGCAUAUGUUCCUGAGGGUUUGCUGACUUCCUGUUCCUGGGACUACAUGACUUUCACACCAUCAGUCCGUGCCUACACAAUGCUGCUUUUCUGCUUUGUCUUUUUCAUUCCUUUGAUUGCUAUCAUAUACAGCUAUGUCUCUAUCUUUGAGGCUAUCAAGAAGGCCAACAAGUCUAUUCAGACAUUUGGAUGCAAACGUGGAAAUAGAGAGUUCCAGAAACAUUAUCAGAGGAUGAAAAAUGAGUGGAAGAUGGCCAAAAUUGCACUGAUUGUCAUCUUGUUUUUUGUCAUUUCCUGGUCACCAUACUCUGUUGUUGCUCUGGUAGCUUUUGCUGGGUAUUCCCACGUCCUAACACCUUUCAUGAACUCCAUACCAGCUGUGAUUGCCAAAGCUUCUGUCAUCCAUAACCCCAUCAUUUAUGCCAUCACUCACCCCAAAUACAGAAGAGCCAUUGCAACAUAUGUUCCUUGCCUUGGACCCCUACUGAGAGUUUCUCCUAAAGACUCACGGUCCUUCAGCAGUUACCACUCCUCCAGACGAGCGACCGUAACCAGCCAGUCUUCUGAGAUAAAUGGGCUGCAGAAAGGAAAAAGGAGACUGUCUUCUCUCUCUGACAGUGAAUCAGGCUGUACUGAAACAGAAACUGAUACUCCCAGUAUGUUCUCCAGACUUGCCAGAAGACAAAUUUCCUACGAAACUGAUAAAGACACAACUCAGAGUAGUGACACAAGAGCCAAAGUGACAAGCCAGGAUUCUGCAAAUUGUGGGAAGACAGCUGUAGAUGCUGAUGACAUAUUGAUGGUGGAAUUGAAUGUCACAGAGUACAUGGCUACACCUACCCAAACAUCUAAAACAUGCAGCUUGGAGGAAAUCAAGAAAAGUGAGAGCCUGAACAGUAUUGGACAAAGAACAGGAGAGUCUCACCAGGGAUCAUCUUCGGCCAAGAUUCCCAGUAUUACAAUAACAUGCAGCAGUGUCCAAGGAGUAGAGCUGCCUUCUAGAUACAACUCUGGUUUCCUGUACCCUAAAUCCAGCAAGCAGAGCAAGAAGUCCAGCAGUUAAGUGAGUGGUGCAAGCCAGAAUAUCACCUUAGCCAACAGCUCUGGAACUGCUGUGGACUGGCUGAAUCCAGAAUACCUUCCUAGAUUGGUCUGAAAUGCUCCUACAAAGACGCAGCACAAGACAAGCGAGGAUAAAAACAUGAGGCAUGAUCUUUUCAGCAUCAGAACUCUCUCCAGUGGAUCAGAUCUUGAUCUGAGUCACAAUUUAAUUUUAAUAUUUCUUCUUUAUGAAGCUAACAAAAAAAUUUCUUUCAUUUGGAUUUUACUCUGCUCACAUAAUUCCCACCACUGCACAGACCUUACCUAGAAACCUUCUAGGAUUAACCUGAGAGGGAAGUAUAAUAUUCAAAACUGGCUUUUUCACUUAGUGUAUUAACUUCAAAGCUAUUAGAGAGCUAAAGCUGAGAAAUCUGGGGGGAAAUGUACAUUACUUCCUGAAGAUGGUUUCUUCAUUAUUGUGAAAUUUCUCAACCAAAUGUAAACUUAAUUACACAGUCAUUGCCCCCUUCUCUCAUUAAUGACAUUAAUGACACAUCUUCCCCCAUUUUCUUCUACAAUCCAAUGAAAGACAAUGCACUUUAGCAGUAAUUUGAAGUCUCGUAUCUUUAUUUUAAUUUCUGAGACAGGGAAAGAGAAAGGAGUAACAGUUGAGGAAAAGGCUAUGGUCCUUUCCAUACUUAGUUUCUUUUCCAACAGUGGCUUAAGAGAUGAUUUUAACCCAUUCUCAGCUAAUUUCCAUAGAGCUAUAGGAGAUUUUUAUGAAACUCCUUCUGACUUUCCUUUAGCAGGUUUCAUGAGAAGAAUGCAGAAUACAAAGCAAUGUUUGUACUGAAAUGUCUGAUGGGUAAGUCAAUACAUCUGCUUUCUGAUACUUCAAAGUUGUUUACUCUUUGAUGUGCUUUUCAAAAGUAAAUAUUGGGAGGAGAAGGUUUAUUUCCCCAAAAAUGAUUGUUCUAGAGAUGUAUGAAAGCCACAUCAUCCCCACUUUGGCAUUUUCAUUUUCCCCUUCUCUAAACAGCAGCAUUUGUAUAGCUGAGGGUUUUCUUCUGCAGUGACUAAAUCCACGAGAUUGUACUUUUUUCCCCUGAAAGGAAAGGAAAGAGUUCUGUCAAUAGUGACUUUCAGCUUUUCCCUGGUGUCUCUCCUAGUGCAUAAGAAGAAGUGAACAAAAUUCAUUUGCAGUUCAUAGCACUCAGUCCAAAGUGGAGUUGAGCUGAAAAGACCAUGGCACAAAGCACUAUUGAAACAGGUUCUUCCCCAUAGGCCCUCCAGCAGUUUUUCCUUUGGUUGCAAUAAUGGAGGGAACCCAGCAAGGCAUUUUUUGUCCUAAGUAAAUCAAUUCUUCCCCAUGUCACAUCAGAAAAAGCCAUAAAAUCAAUAAAAAUGUAAUGAGCUUAUUAUUUUGAGGGGAAAAAUCAGUGGGUUCCAGAAAGUCUGGGGCAUUGUUUUGAAGUAAACUACUGGAAACUUAGGUCAAAUUGAGGUUUAUUAAAAGGAAGGUUAUUAAAACUGAAAUUGAAAGUGAUAAUGACUUCUGCAGCAGACAAAAUGUUAAUCAUGAAAAAAGUGAGGCAUUCAGGCUGGUAAUUAACUCCCAAAAGAAACACACUGUUCAAAAUCCACAGUGUUUUUAUGUAAAUGAAAUCACAGUCAUCAGAGAUGGAAAGGAGCUGUUACAGUCUCUCCCUUCACCUACCACAACAGGAUAUUGUCACCCAGCAGAGGACAAUAUUAAACUGAUAAUAUAUACAGCUAGCAAUAAGGAGAAAGAAGAGAGAAAACAUCUUCAAACAGGAAACAUGUUCAAAGACAUUCCUCAAGUCUAAGGGGUUUUAUUACAACUUAUUGCUGAGGCUUUUAAAAAUAUUUAAAAGCAUGAAACAUGUAAAUCUUUCUUUGUCAUGAAGGCCAUUGACACUACUGAAAGAUGGGAAGAAACAUUAGCAAAUGCUGCCUGUUUCAUAUGGGUCACAAAAGACUGAAUCUGUCAAGAAAAUAGGUAUAACAUGUGCUGUUUGAUGUGUUAACAAGGAGUGUAUGAUAUUUGUCACUAAUAGCUAGAUCCUUUGCUCCAGUCAUGAUUUUGUUCCAAGCAGUACUCUUCAAGAUUGCACUCUGCACUCCUCUGCAUUCCCUUCCACUUUUAGAGGGUAUAAAAAGAAUACUUCCAUGGCUAGAGGAGCUUUACGAAUCCACAGCAUGUUGUUCUCUGUAUCCUUCAACUCCAACAUGUAUUAGAGAUUAGUUUGCAUCUAUAAAAAGAACUACAGCUGUUCAUGCUCAUCUACUUACAAGAGACUUGUAAAGCAUGUAUUAAUUAGGGAGAAAUUGUUUGUGAGCACUUCAAAACCCUUGUGUGUACUCUCUGUGUAGCUAACAGCUUUGCCUUCCUUCACCUCUGCUAUGUCUAUAAAAAUCAUACAGGGGAAAGCCUACAAAAUUCAUCUCCUCUGAAUAUCUCUACAAGUGGUUCCACACUGUAACCCCUGCGGCAUUUGGAAUAAAUCAUUAUUAGUUCAUAUUUCAUCUCAUCCUAGCAGAUUUAUUUGUGUCCUGUAUCCUCCACUUGGCAGCCAUUCUCUUGGUUUUGCUGUCUCUUUACACCCUUCAACACAGAUGACUGAUUGGAUUAAAAUAAUUUAGGACUGAGAUGAUUCACGUUUCACUUAAAGUCAACUGUACAGGCUGUUCUGCAGAGACUGCCUGUAGUUUACCAUGCACUUGGACAUGUUCCAGUGACUUGGAGUGUGACAGGACUAGGGCAAAUCUGAGACACUUCCCUGUGGCCUUUUGUACUCCAGCAGCUGUUCACAGAGCAGGCUGCUGGCAAAAGCAAUGGCAAGUGGUGCUGGGAGUUAACACACAAGCUCUGCCCCUUCAUGGGGGCACAAACUCAGGCCUGGGUCACCAGUGAAACUGUUUGGUCUGAUCAUUCAAGCAAUUCUGCAAAACUGCUGAGCAAUUGGCCACUGCUGCUGGACCCGCGAAGGACGUGCCAAGAGCCACUGUAAUGAACGGCUGCUGCAAGCCAAGACUGAAGGACUGCCUAAGGCAGCAGCCACAUGUUGCCAGUCUUUCCAAUUUUCACAUACAACCAGGGUCUUACUCCCCGUGUUUUCCAGCUUAUGGUCACAUUCCAUGCUUUUGGAAACUUUUUACACCUACCACUGAACAAAAAAGUGUCAUUAUAGAAUAUGACACGAGUACUGACAUUUCACACAUUCUCAAGUAAGUCAGGGUAGCAAACAGUAUUUUCUUUGAAAUCAUGCGCAAAACCCACAGCAAGCUUGACAUUCAGAAGUAAACAAAGACACCUCCUAUGCUUUUUUGGGUGUUUCUAGAGCUUUAGGGUGUAACAUGAGUAGGUCACCGUUCUCACAUGUGCCAAUUUUCCUCAGGGUGCUUGGUGCCAUUUUUUCCCCAGGCCAUCCCAAGAAGUGCCACUAUGUCCCCUCAUCCUCUGAGCCCUCAGUGAAAGGCACUGCUGUCCCGGUAACUCUGACAGGGCACCCAUCUGUCUCUGCUGCUGAAACCACUGCUGAGAGAGAGCCCUUAUCUGCAAUGCAGUGUUAGUAUCACUCGAUGGCAUUUCAGUGGCUGGUAACAAGUACCUCUGUUCAAACACCUGUGUUUGUGGCCUUGGAGUUGCUAAUGUCAUAGGAAUGUUAUAAAGAGGUUUAUAUAAAAGCAGUCUUAAAACAAGCAAAUCAAUUCUUAUUAGCGUCGUUCCCAGCAAAUUUAGACACAAGCCACAAUCCUGUACACUAAAUGAUUACUGUGCCUCCCUUACCUCCUCGAAUUUAUAACCUAAAUGCUCAUUUUCAAACUUAUGCAAACUUCACAGUUGACAAGCUGUCCUGUUUACUUCCCUUCUACGGAGAACACACUGAGCUUAUCAUCAGUGUAAGCUUAAUAAAGGCAGGAAAGUUUCUCUACAGCAAAUCCAUCUUAACAGUCUGAUACAAACCAGAUAUAAAAAUUUUGUUUGUGUUUUGUAGGAAAACACUUAUUUUAGUUACAGCAGUUCUGGAAGCACCAGGGCUCUUCUGGAGAGACAGAAGACAGCACAGGAAUUCUGUACACCCAGCUUGCAGAGCAAAGAAAAUGCUGCAGGAGUCACAUCAGUAUAGGAAAAUGCUCACUCACUGAAUACAGAGAUGUCAGAAUCACAUGAUACUAGACUACAUAGACUUAUGGUGGCUGGUUUGCAUAUUACCCUACAAACUCUUUUGGCAAUGAAAUUGGCUCUCAAAAUUAAGACUCACCUGAAAUGGAGGGUAAAUAGUAGAACUACCCCAGUGGCUGUGAAAAAAAUGAAAGGCAAUUCACCCCUCUUCAAAGUGAACUUUUCAUCCCUACCCUUCUGUUUAGGGUUUUUUUUGCUUUCUUUUGUUUUGGUUUUGGGGGGAUUUUUGUGGGAUUUUUUUUGGGGGGGAGAGUUGGGUUGGGUUGGUUUUUUUGGCUUGGCUUUUGGUUUGGUUGGUUUUUGUUUGGUUUUUCUUUUUUUUUUUUUUUUUUCUUUUUUUAACUUACACAAACACCUGUAUUUAUGUAGAUUUAGCACCAAAGACAUUUUCAGUCACUUUCAGGAAAAUCUUAACCAACCCUUGCCAAGGAGACUUUAUUGGGACAAUCUUUUUAAGAGCCACUUUCAUUUGGCUUACUGCAAUCCAUACUCAGUCAUAAUCCACCAGAUCAAUGACUCAGAAGCACAGCAAAAAUGCUCUAAGUAGGUCUUCUGAUGCUGACUGUAACUUGGAGGAUAGGUAGAAUGUGUAACUUGAUCAGGCUCGAGUCAAGCCUUAGGUAUGGUGUAGAGCAGAGAGAGCUGCAGCUCUGGUUAAGCUGUGCCAGUGCACAGACAUAACCUGAGAGUAAAGCUCAUCACACACGUAAAAAAUAAACAUGACACCUAUGUAAAUAACUUGCCAAGGGGAAUUUUUGUGGGGCGUGCUUUACCCACAAUGUAAAAGCAAAGCCAUUGCUCAUUUCCCUCAACAUUUACACUUCCACAAAUGUACAAGAAGAUGGUUUGGAAACAGACUCAAAAAUCUGAGACUACAUCAUUGUAUAGCACAUGGUCCCAUGAAAAGUUCUGUAGAGGAACAUUUCCUGAAUAGCCCGGGGACACUUAUGGGCAUACUUACAAUUCCUGCAAUGUUUUCCACUGACUGGAAAAAUAAAAAGGAAAAUCUAUACCCUUCCAGACAGUGCCAUGCCUGAAAAUUUACAAAGAAAGUGACUGUACCUCUAAUGUAACAGCAUUUCCCUCAAAAGAUUCAAUACUUCAAAAAUGUACUAAACACUUCUAGAUGCACCCCUUUGCUGUAAAACUGGUAAAACUGCUUUCUUAUUAAGUUUUUCAGAUGCCUAAAGUUAAUCAUAUACAUAAAUACUUACAAAACCCUUCAGGACACACAAGUGAAAUGAAGGAGUUAAGAGUAUGUUAGGUCAGUGCCAAAAGUUAGUGAAUUUUAAAAAUAUUUUUCCAGACUAGUAUUUGCUGCUAAUGCCAUGAAACUUUACAUUAAUAUUUGUUCUAAGUUUCAGAUUUUUUAGAGCCAAGGCUAAUACUGAUAUGUGAGCUGAGUUGCAAAUUUGAUUUCAUGUAGAAAGCAGCAAGCACUUUGGUAUAGCAAACCCUUAAUGAGGGGAGGAAUGACAGUCCUGAAAAAAUGAAUACAAGUUUGAAACAGAAGUUCAAGACUCUAUUUUUUCUUUUUUCCAUGUUUUCUGUGUGACCUUGGGAAAAUUACCUGAUCUCAUAUCUAAGUAUUUCUGCCUAUAAAAUAGAGAUAAUAGAGGUGCUUUUCAUCAUCAUGUGGCUACUCUCAACAAGCUUUUACAGUUUGUUCCAAGAUUCACAACUGGAAAUAAUUGUUUUCCCAUUUAUUUUAUUCACAUUUUCUUCCUUUACUGUACAGUUAUCAAAACAUCUAAACUGCACUAUCACAUAUGAAAGACACAGAUUGUUACUGAAGGGGAUAAGGGAUGCAUAGGCAUUCUUUUUCUCAACAGAAAUAAUUUACAGAUGCCCACCACACAGACUUCAGUUGUUGUUUACAGGUAAUGUGAGUGAAGUAGAAUGAGGCAUUUUAUUGCUAAGUUGUAACUAAGAAAAAUAUGUAGCAUUCAAUUGUGUACAUGUUUUUGAUCAGAAGCUCUAUAUGAAAUAUAAAGGUCUGUCCCUUGAAGUGAGCAAAGUCAAACAGGUGGUAGAACCAUUUUUAGUGUUUUCUGCUCUUUUAAUGGGGCAGAAAUUGUUCACAGAAGAAGGGAAUCCUUGACCAGCAGUGUCAUCCAGGAAACAAGGGUAACAUAAGCUGUGUGAAGCACUACAAAAUCAAACCAACAAGAUUUCCACAAACUUCCCUGAAUGUUGCUUAGAAUGGAAAUCAGUGAACACUGUAUGGUUUAGCUGGCUCUGAACAUCAGAUAGUUGUUUCUGUCCUGUCCAGACAUGAGUUACACUUUCAGGACCAACUUCUACUUUCAUGCACAAAAGAGCUCCGUUAAUAUAAAAGGAUUUAAAAUAGGACAAUUCAUCAAAGCUUGAACUCCAAGAACUGUUAAGAAUAACGUGAG